AUGCCGGAAGAAACACCGCUUUUACAAGAUCCUUCGGGAGGGUCUGCUGCCAUUGUGGCUCGCGAGGUGGCGAAAGAUAUUGAAGGGGACAACACGGAUGAGUCGUCCUUGGCGUCUUUUGGGCAAUACGGCGCCGUAGAGCUUCAGAAACCAGCUGGUGGAAUAUCACCCUCACAUCUCAAAAUUAUUUUGUGCUGCCUUUUUGUCAAUGUUUUCUUGUCCUCACUGGACGCUACCAUUGUGGCCACUUUACUGAGUGUGAUAUCCAGCGACUUGAACCAGCUUACAAAUUCUUCGUGGCUCGCGACGAGCUAUUUGCUAGCCUGUGCUGCCUUCCAGCCACUAUUUGGGAAAAUAUCCGAUAUCUUUGGCCGCAGAAGCAUCACCAUCAUCUGUACUGUGCUAUUUGGUUUUGGAUGCCUACUCUGUGGAGUUACAAGCUCCUUCUGGGUUCUUGUCUUUGGAAGAUUCAUCACCGGUAUAGGAGGUGGUGGCUUCAACACAUUGUCCACAAUCACGUUAUCAGACGUGAUCGCUACUCGUCAAAGAGGUUUAUACCAGGGCUAUAUGAAUAUAGCGUUUGGCUUUGGAACAGCAAGCGGCGGAGUUGUUGCUGGAUUUUUCCACCACUACUUUGGCUGGAGGUCAGCAUUUUUGGUCCAAGUGCCUAUCUGCCUCCUUUCCGCUGUGCUCGUUUUCUUCUUUUUGGAGCUACCUAAAGGUUCACCAGGUCGUGGACUGGAGGGCCAUGGUGUUUGGAAGAAGGUGAAGACGAUGGACUUUGUAGGCUCCUCACUGCUAGUGGCGUCAUUGUUGCUUUUAAUGUACGCUGCCUCCUCAGGGGGCAAGGAGUUUGCCUAUUCAAGUCUGGAGUUCAAGGCUCUACUGGUCUCGGGUACCAUCUUCAUGACGCUCUUCUAUUUCUAUGAGCUGAAAGUGGCUGCUGAGCCUGUUAUUCCCGUCCAACUACUGGCCAACAGGACUGUCCUUAGCUCCUCAUUGAACUGCUGGUUCACUUCAAUGAACGUGUUUUCCAUCAUCUACUAUGUUCCAUUCUACUGGCUUUCAGUGAAAAACAUGACAUCCAUGGAGAGCGGAAUACGUCUGCUUCCAGCUGCAGUGGCCAUUUCAGUGGGGUCGCUAUAUGCCGGUUACAGAAUCAAAAAGACUGGAAAGUACCGAGUCGCGAUGCACAUGUACGGACUUCUUGCAAUUUUGGGAAGCACGCUUGUGUACACGCUCAAGCCGGAGAGUAGCUCAUUUUUUGAGUAUGCAGUGCUGGUGCCGUCAAGAUUAGGUACUGGUGCCGUGAUCACAGUCGACCUGAUUGCCAUGAUUUCUUCUGUCACUACCAAAGAGCAGGCCCUCGUGACUUCGAUUCAAUACGGAUUCAGAUCUACGGGAUCAACAAUUGGCGUGUCGAUUGCCUCUGCAAUACUGCAAGGCUUCUUAUCGCGUGAUUUGCGCAACAAUUUUUCUAAUCUCACCAACGUGCCCCCAGAGUUCAACUCUCCUGAGAAACUCGCUCAGAUAAUAGAUAAGGCACUGCACAGCACCAUUUACGCCCACACAAAAUGUCCCGAAUUCGCCCGCAAUGCAGUCAUAUCUGCCUACGACUCAUCUUGUCAUGCUGUCUUCAUUUAUAUUGUGAUCACAGCUAUUGCGGCAACGGCAAGUACAUGGUUUAUCGAGGAAAACAACCUUGAAAAUAAAUAG